GACGCGAUUCAAACUCAUGUACUGGAAAUGGAGGAGGCUGAAGAGCAGUAUGAAGCAGACAGACAGUUCCCAUACAACCCUCAGGCAGGAUUGUUCUACAGUAUGACCCAUGAAGACAGAAUAGAUGCUGACAAGAGAUCCAUCUAUGUGGGCAACGUGGAUUAUGGUGCAACCGCAGAUGAAUUGGAGAUAUACUUUAAUGUAUGUGGCCAUGUGAACAGAGUAACAAUCCCAUAUAACAGAUUCACAGGCCAUCCGAAAGGUUUUGCUUACAUUGAGUUCUCAGAGAGAGAUUCGGUGCGGACCGCAAUGACUUUAGAUGAAACACUAUUCAGAGGCCGUGUCAUUAAGGUACUGCCAAAAAGAACGAAUAUUCCAGGUUUCAGGACUACAGACCGGUUCUUGCGCGGCUGGCCGAGAGGACGAGGUUUCCGUGCGUCAAGAUUUUACAGCCCAUUCAGAAGCUGCCACUUCAUUAGGGAAAAUGGAAGAGCUCAUCCUUGGAUUGAUUCUUUUUGAUAUUAAAAACACAAUAGUAGUACUUUUUUUAUUUUGUCCAAAGCACUUGUUGGUGCUCAUUUGUUUUGGUUUUUCAGUAGUUGUGUAAAGGGAGCUCGGUCUAAUUCUACAUUUUUUUUAUUUUUUUGAAUAGACCUCCGUGUAUUUGUCCACAUAACUUUUUGAGUAUGACACUACAAAACAGACGAGACUUUAGUGG